CUGUGCACUUUUUCCGCACUCCCGUUCACACCGACGGCGCACACAACUGACUUCGAAACGGUUAGUUACACUCCGUGUUGUUUAGCGCCGCGCUGACAUGGUUAAAGUGGUGAACGGUUAAUAAAACCAGGAGGAGACGCUGACGAUCAUCUGAUAUGAACACUUCUGCCCAAAGGAAGAGGAGGGCCAGACCAGCUGUACUUCCCAGACCAGCACCCAAAACCAGAAGAACGACAGCCAGGGCAGGGAGCAGGAGGGGGGGCAGAAUAGCGAGGAGGAGAUCCCCCAUUGAGGAGGAUCCCUCUAAUACUGCGGAGACCAUUGAUGUGAUGGACAGCACCGAGGACGGUGAGGAGGAGGUCGUGGAUCUCACUUGCGAGUCUGCAGAAACGUCCGUGGUUGACUUGACGAGCAGUGACUCAGUGCUGGUGGUGGAAGAAGGUCCUCAGAGCAGGAGAGGCCCGCCAGCUCACAGCUAUGUGGUCAGCAGCGAUGAAGAAGAGGACACACCUCCCGUCCUGACGGCCACCACUGACACCCAUGCACACACUUCCACGUUGUUGUCUGACCCAUGCAGUAAUACUGGGGUGUGUUUCAGGAGACGUCCGGAUACAAUUAGCUGUCCCAUCUGUCUAGACGUGCACUCGGAGAUUCUGGAGAGCGGCAGAUUGAUUGUUUCAACACAGUGCGGCCACGUGUUCUGCAGCCAAUGUCUGAGAGACUCUCUGAAAGCAGCACAUACCUGUCCCACCUGUAGGAAGAGACUCACCCACCGCCAGUACCACCCCCUCUACAUAUGAUGCCACUGUGACAUCAGCAAUGAUGUUCUAUUUUCAUUGAAUAAUAAAUGAUGUGAAUUUUUUUUUUU